AUGGGUCUCGAGAAUAUCAAGCACGUCGUGCUCAUCCUCUCUGGCAAAGGGGGCGUCGGAAAAUCAAGUGUCACUCUGCAACUCGCCCUGUCCCUUACACAGCAAGGUCACAAUGUCGGAAUCCUUGAUAUUGAUCUUACUGGGCCCAGUAUACCUCGCCUUCUCAAUCUGGAGGACGAGAAAGUGACACAAGCUCCUGGUGGCUGGCUACCGGUUAGGGUACACGAUGCAAGAGAAGCAGCAGACAAGGACAAACCCAAUAGAGGCUCUCUCCACGCUUUAUCCUUAGCAUUCCUCCUUCCUUCCCGCUCUUCGGCCGUCAUCUGGCGCGGACCAAAGAAGACGGCAAUGAUCAGGCAAUUCGUUUCAGAUGUUCUAUGGCCGCCAAAUACAGACUACCUUCUCGUUGAUACACCACCCGGCACCAGCGACGAGCAUAUCGCGAUUGUCGAGGAAUUACAUAAACUUGCUGCCGAUGUACAGCCCGUGACAACCUCCAACGGCAAUGGCCUCGCCCUUGAAAUUGACACCAGACCAAAACUUUCCGGAGCUGUGGUGGUCACUACUCCGCAGGCGAUUGCGACAGCCGAUGUGCGGAAAGAGCUCAAUUUCUGCGUAAAGACUCAGGUACCCGUGCUUGGAGUCAUCGAAAACAUGGCGGGCUAUAUGUGCCCCUGCUGUGGCGAAAUCAGCAAUGUCUUUAGCAAGGGCGGAGGCCAGGUCAUGGCCAGCGAAGCCAAUGUCCCUUUUCUAGGGUCGGUUCCCAUCGAUACUGGUUUCGGGGCCUUGGUCGAAGGCGUGAAAGACGUGCCAAGUGCUGCCAAUGAUGCCACUACAACGAACGGUCACGAUUACGGAGAGUCCGCAGAAUUGGUCGAGAGGUACAAGAAAUGCGGAUUAUGUCCCAUUUUUGCAGAAUUCGCCACCAGGAUAGACCAAACAAUACGGACCUCACCAGUCUCGUAA